AACUGGGAUUGUUUAGACUGGAGAAGAGGCUCUGCUGCGAUAUAAUUGUGACCUUUCAGAAAGGGACUAAUUUAUAAGGAGAGGUCUAAUAAAUAAAGCUUUAUAAAUAAGGAGAAAUCUGCAGAGCAAUGGUUGCAGGUUUAUGGAGUGACAGGACAAGGUGGGGAUAGAUUCAAACUCAAAGAGGGCAGCUUGAGACCAGAUAUUAGGUAGAAAUACUUUACUGUGAGAGUGGUGAGGCUCUGGCACAAGUUGCCCAGAUAAGCUGUGGCAUGAGUGUCUGUGGCUAGGUUGGAUAGGGCUUGGAGCACCUCAAGUCUAGUGGAAAGUGUCCAUGUGCACGGUAGGGUGGCUUUACUGGACAACCUUUAAGGUCCUUCCAUCCCAAACCAUUCCGUGCUUUCCUGAGCUGCUGCUCUAGGUGCUGUGAAAAGACAAAAAAAAAAAAAAAAAAAACCAAAAAAAAACCAAAAAAAAAACCACAAACAAACAAACAAACAAAAAAACCAACACAACAAAACCAAAAUAACUCAAAACCAAACAAAAAACAAGGAAAAACCCAACAAAACAAAACCCCACUACUUAUCUUUACAUAAUGCUCCAUUAGAGCAGGACAGAGCUAAACCCAAGAAUGGGGCAAGAAAUGCCCAUUUCGGCCGACAGCAAACUUCAAUCUCUUUUUAUCCCCACCUCUCUUUUAUCCCGGGUUAUCCCUUUUCACCCCGCCGCUCUCCAUCGGCGCUAUCGGCGCUCGGCCCAUCGAGCGCUCCGGGAGCGGCUUCGCCGCCUGCGCUGCGCUGCGGCGGGGCGGGACGGGACGGGACGGGACGGACGGGCAGCCAUCGAGACGGAAGGACGGACCGGAGAAGGGAGGGGAGUGUGCUCUGCCCGCAGGCGCCGCCGAGAAUGGACAUCAGGCCGAACCACACCAUCUACAUCAACAACAUCAAUGACAAGAUCAAGAAGGAAGAGCUGAAGAGGUCCCUGUAUGCCUUAUUCUCACAGUUUGGUCAUGUAGUCGACAUUGUGGCUUUAAAGACCAUGAAGAUGAGAGGACAGGCAUUUGUUAUAUUUAAAGAACUUGGAUCAUCUACCAAUGCUUUGAGACAGCUACAAGGCUUUCCGUUUUAUGGGAAACCAAUGCGUAUUCAGUAUGCAAAAACAGACUCUGAUAUCAUCUCUAAAAUGCGUGGGACUUUUGCUGAUAAGGAAAAAAGAAAGGAAAAGAAGAAAGCCAAAACUCUGGAGCAGUCAGCAAACACACCGAAUAAAAAGGUUAUCCAGGGAGCAACACAGAAUUCAGCCAAUGCCCCAGGGACUACACCACAGAAUCAGGUGCCUGAUAAUCCACCAAACUAUAUCCUUUUCCUUAAUAAUUUGCCUGAGGAAACAAAUGAGAUGAUGCUGUCCAUGUUAUUUAAUCAGUUUCCUGGAUUCAAAGAAGUACGCUUGGUGCCAGGGCGCCAUGACAUUGCAUUUGUGGAGUUUGAAAAUGAGAAUCAAGCAGGGGCUGCUCGAGAUGCUCUCCAAGGAUUCAAGAUCACUCCAUCUCAUGCCAUGAAAAUCACUUAUGCAAAGAAAUAACUAUAUGCUUCUGUAAAGAGGUUCUGUGGAUAGAUGUUUUUUUUAAAAAAAAACACUGAUACUCUGGUCAGCUAGCAUGUUUGGUGUUCUCUGCAGAAAACAUAAGACUGGACUAGAACUUCUGCAGUGACCAGGGCACGUGUAGGAUUUCCACAGAUCACCUGCAUAGUAACUUUUUCUAUUGAAAUACUAAUUUUUAUAAAAUAAAAUAUAAGUGUGCUGUUUUC